AUGCGUCUAAAAGACCUAGAAGGCACACUUCAGAAAGUCUCCGGGUUUGAAGAACCCAAAAUUAAAUUAGAGCAGUAUUGCACAACACCACACCUUGCAGCGCGUAUGAUUUAUACUGCCCACUCUGUUUAUGACGACAUUGAAAGUAAGGUUGUAGCAGAUUUCGGUUGUGGAUGUGGAAUUCUGAGAACAGUAUUGCGACAAAUCUUCUCGACUCAAGCAUUAGAUAUAGAUAAUGACGCACUUCAAAUUGCAAAAGAAAAUUGUUCCGAAUUUGAAGUUGAUGCAGAAUUCGUUCUCACAGACAUAAUUUCUAGUUCAAUGAACCAUUUACGAAGUAAAGUUGAUACAAUUAUAAUGAAUCCACCCUUUGGAACGAAAAAUAAUAAAGGAAUCGAUAUGAUAUUUCUCAAGAACGCUAUUGAGAUUGCAACGACCUCGGUUUAUUCUCUACAUAAGAGUUCUACGAGAGAGCAUAUUAUUAAAAAAUCAAAAGAAUGGGGAGUAGAAUGUGAAGUUCUUGCCGAGAUGAAGGUUUCUAUAAUUUAA